AUGAGAGAAUCUAACUCUGACCUCGAUGCGCUACUAUGUGACUCGCCACCGUCACCAGUGCUCUCUGCCUCCGCGAUGUCCGUUUCCCUGACGUCUGGAACGAUCCCCAUCUUCCUUGACGAAAGAGACGGGCCUGAACUUGGCGAUAUUCCUCAUGGCGUGGGCCCCGACCACAGUAUUCUAUCACAACUGUUCUUGCUUUCUAUCGAGCGACCAAGGGAUGGGCUCCCUGAGGAACUGGCGAGCAUCGACAGCCAUAACCCGGACCAUCAGGAGCAAUGCGCUGUGCAAGACAGUUCAAGUCAGAAGAGCUUCGGCACAUUUGGCCCUCUGGCAGCGCAAAGGACUAGCUCUUGGUGUCCCAUAGACGAGGCGGGCGACCUUAUUGCCUACAUGCAAAAUGAACAGGAGGACUCAGCGGAUCCAAAUCGCGGCGUGGAUCCAGAUCUACGCCUCUCUGAAGAUGCCUUAGGGUUGGCCGUGGACCUUAUACAGCAAGAGACCCCCGCCCGCUUCGUACACUGUGCUACAGACGCCGCUGCUGCUUUCACUGGCGAUUCUGGCAAUGGUGGGCUUAAGAUAGUCGAUCCCACGAGCCCACCACAGGAAGGACAUUUGUUCACGCAUGGGGCUCCGUGGUCAGAGAGGACAGGCCACGUUCAAUCUACCCAGCAGCAAGACGAUGACUGGCAAUUGUAUCCUACGCAACCUGAAGACACAGCAAUGCCAUCUAAAAGGACCUUCAAGGGCAGCCAAACCUUUUCCUUUCCUGCAAAAUACCGGGACGAAGCUUCGGAACAUCCCAAUCACUCAGAGGCUCAGUCUGUCGUCGAGUCUACGGACGAUUAUCCCGAAGGAGCCCCCCUACAUCAUCAGUUGUAUUCAGACACCCUUCCUUGGCUCAAGGACAUCGCCGUAGACUUGCUCAUUGACCAAGAAGGGUUCCGCUCUGUUCAGCCUAUCUUCAAAUUGACCGGAUACUCGCCUCAGGCUCGUUCACUCCAUCCCGAGGGCCAAGAAUGCGAUGGCGGUGUUGUCGAAUUCAUGCCAGUCCAUAGGAAGACUUACAAUUUCCAUUACGCCCCGUUCGACAGCCCGCCAAUCUUGCGCCGUGUGAUGGUUAAUAAACAAGAAUCGCGCGACUACAUUUCCCGCCAGGCCCUCCUCAGCAUCAAAGACAAUGGCGUAUACACCGUCCGUGGGGUCGAAACCGCUACCUUCUCCGUCCCGUACGCAAAGGAAGGCUCUGGCUCACUCUACGCCCACGUCGACUGCAAAAUGCGCUGGAAGUUCGAAUAUCUGGUCGCGAAUCGACGGCUGGAGAAAACUGGGAGAUUCUUGGACGGCGAAAAGACUCUGACUCCGUUGACGUUUGCAUGCUCGCCGCUACUGCUUCACCCCAAGCAAGGCAAGAAAGUGAGGCUCAUGCAUCUUGUUCGUAAAACCGUGGCUGCAAAAUUAGUUGCCGAGAAGAUGGAACUACCAGCUAGGAUGAGAGGUCCUGCCGUCGGAACUGUGCUCCAUGGCGACUGGCAGACCCACAGGCGAGCGCAGUCGCACGCGCCUCAGGAAUCUCACACUUCACUAAGUUCAGAGUCCUCGAGCAAAGGCCAUCACCGCGAAUUGCCCAGGCAUGUUGAGAUCGCCACCAAUCAGCGACGGGUAGGACGACGUCGAGCAUCUUCAGCAGGCGAGCGUCCUCGUAAUCCUGGUUCUCCUCUGCAUGAAGACAUAUCUACCAUGCAACAAAAUCCCCAAACCGGAUCAAACCUCGUCACUGGUCGACAUAUACUGCCUCGAUCUCAAUUAUCCGAAAUGAUAGACUCUUAUAGUCCAUGUUCGCCACCGUCUGCCAUCACUGGAAUGACUCCAUUAACACCUUACAGAGGCAAUAAAUUCUAG